GAACCCCUUGUGCGGAAGGAAGCGAUAAUCUCAUCACAUAUCCAAUUAUAUAUCUGGUAUGUAAUUUUAGGUCUUGUACAUGCGCUGCACACACACUCUCAUAUAUAUAUACUGUCAUAUUAGCUGUAGGACAUUGUGUUUUGGACGAGCGAGCUUGACAGUACACUAUCAUCGGACGACGAAUCACUAUGGACCCAAAGGCUUUUGCUAAUGGAAACUUUGGAGCGGUCGAAGGCGAGCCUGGUAUGAACACCGCUAUAUCAAAAGCCGUGAACAACGUUUUAGAAGGCUGCGACUGGAGUCUGUUGCCGCUACCACUCAGAGUUAAUGGUAGCCACAAGACCAAACCGCAUGUGAAACGACCUAUGAACGCGUUCAUGGUCUACGCACAGGCAGCAAGAAGGAAACUCGCUGAUCAGUUUCCGAACUUGCACAACGCGGAAUUGAGCAAGACUCUCGGGAAACUUUGGAAGCUACUGGAUGAACGGGAGAAGAAGCCUUUUAUACAGGAAGCCGAGAGGUUGCGCUUGAAACACAAACGCGAUCAUCCCGAUUACAAAUAUCAACCGCGCCGAAAACGGCAAAAAGGAGAAGCUAGCCCAGAACACACAGAUUGCACAAUCACCGCCAAAGAUAUCUUACGUGUUUUAAAAUCUGACAACGGCGAGGAAGAUGAGGACGAGGAAGCGAACAACAUCGACAGACGUGCGAGUAAUACGGAUUCUGAGUUUUCAACGAGUUCGUCUCGGGCAAGCACACCUGAGAGACAAGUGAAUUUGGAUGAAAUCGACACAAGCGACCCGACGCGACAGCCCGACUUGGCGAUCGCGUUCAGCCCGACAAUGGUUUGCGACUCCGGCGUGAAGAAAGAACCAGGCGAUGCGCUGGACUUUGACGACGUAGGCGAUCUUACAGGUGAUUUGAUCUCUUACUCUGAUAUCGAGGGAACUGACUUUGAACAGCUGUACUUGGCCAGUACAACGGGAAGCGUGUUUCAUAAUGCGCUAUCGCCCACACCGACCACGUCAAGCAAUAACGUUAGUUCUAGCGGCAAGCAAAGCGCAUCAAGCAGUGUCUAUCAUCUUGGAUCCUGUAGUCCUCCCGAGACACCGCCACCGCAGUUUUCAACGACAACUACGACCAGUCAAAGCAUGCUGCCGUUUAUAGCAGCGUCGACGCUUAACCUAAGCAGCGACGUGGAGCAAUCCCAGCUACUCUAUACGUGUACCCCCCAACCUAGCCCGUUGAACACGGCCGACCAUGAACUAAUUAUGAAGUACCCAACCGCUCCUAAAAUAAAAGUGACCUCAAAAAUAUCGCAAUGGUCCAGUUACACAUCGCUGUAAAAAAGAUGGCACAUAGCCAGCCGGUCCAGUUGCGCAUCGCAGAAAGACACCCUAGAGACCGCCGCGCAAAGCAUAGUUAGCAUAAACGACGAAUGUCGACGGCCUAGGACACGCAUGCAAUCGCAAACGAACAAAUGUUUAACAAUUUGAUAUAUUUAAGACAACCCAUAGACAUUUCCGAGGACUUGAAGUAGCAAACAGGUCUCGAUUUCACGUAUGAAAUUUAGAAUUUUAAGAAUUAAGGUUAUGUAAAUAUAGCGAUAGAUAUGUUUGUUUUUAGGUGGCUGCUCCUCGCUCCUGUAUUUGUGUGCUAUAAAAUUAUACAUUUUUUACACG